UUCAGGUGGGGUUAUGUAUUAUCACAGAUGUGAAUGUAUGCCGCGUGGUAAUUGGUCAUUGCUAAUCGCUAACAACUUUUCGCAAACAAUAAAUUCACAUCAUUCGAUUUUGACCAUCAUUAGUGCUCAGUCAAUCAAACAAACAUCAAGUCACUGAGAAUAGUGUAGCUUGAUAUUUGCAUUGCUUGUCUAAGCGUUAUUUGUGUACCCGUGUAUUGUUUGAGCACCUGUCUCUUUUUAAUUAUGGGGACCCAUUGGGUAUUUUGUGUCUUGUUUGUUUUCAUUAAGUUUUCUUCCGGCUCAGAGCUCGGGAUCCACACUGAAGCAGGCACCACAGAACCUGACGCCCCUGGAGAAGUCAUUGUAUGGUUUCGAAACGAAACGAAUCUGGUUAUCUUGUGGAAGCCUCCCCACCCUACAACCAUUUUCACCCAGUAUAAAGUAUCUAUAGCUCCUCCAGAUGCGAAAAACAGCAUACUUUAUGUCGAGAAAAGUGACGAGCCGCUUGGUCCGGGUGUUGCAGCUUUCAAAGAUCUAGUUCCUGGUAGAGUUUACAAUAUUUCCAUUGAAACCGUGUCAGGAGAUAAGAUUUCAAGGCCAACUACUGUCCAGUUUAGAACUGUUCCUUCGAAACCUCAGAACAUUUCGUUCGAUGCGAUUUCGACACAGUCUUUUGUUGUUCAUUGGGAAGCACCUAGUGAAGAGAGCGACUUUGAUAAAUACCAAAUAUCUUUGGGUAAUGGGCUACCUCCAGUGACAGUAUCAAAAGAAGAUCCAACUUUCUGGGAAUUCAAAGAUAACUUGGAACCUGGAAAAACAUAUUCCGUUGUUAUUAAAACAGUUUCCGGAAGAGUAGUCUCAUUGCCUGUGACCAGUGAUGUCACUCUCAAAUCUCUUCCUGUAUAACUCCUCAAAUCGAAAUCCGACGAGAAAACUGGUGUGUGCACUUUUAAGUAUCAACUACUGUUGUAUCUAUGAGAAGUGCUACGCUGGAUAUAAAUGCAAGCUUUAUUCUUGAUACAUAUAAAAGUCGAUAACAAAUACAAAAUUGAUUAAAAAAUACAAAAAGAUGGAAGGUUCAUGGUAUAGGCCAGCCGCUAAAAUAGGAGGUAACUACAUACUACCACGGUCAACAUCCAGGAAUUCACCAAUACUGUAGAAUGGCUGCCCCUUUGGUAAUCCUGAAGAGUUCCUUUGAAGUGUUCAGUCAGUAUCUGCAACUGGCAAUAUUUUGAACAAAGUCAUAAUGAAAUAUUCUGGCUAUUCUUUAUUUGUGUUAAACUGUAGUAGAAAGUAGUUACAUUUGCUUAUUGUUUUGUAUUGUGGUUGUAGGUUAGGUUAGGUUGGGAACUUAAUUAUAUACUUUGUGUUCUUUAAAAAUGCAUUAUUCUUCAUGA